GCCGUCGUCCUGCAUAACUCAGAGACAAAAUCUUCAACUCAAGGUCUCAAGCCCUUGCUUGCUGCUCUGCUCACUGUAUGCUCCGCUGCUCCGCCGCCCUGCUUUGCUGUUAGCCCUCGGCUGUUCCACCACUCGUCACUUAGCAUGGCCUUGCCGUGUUCCAGGAGGCUUUUACACACUCUGGGGACAAGUUAUAAACUCCAUUGGAGUAAUCAUCAGGAUGUUGUGCACCAAUCUAUCCACACUCUUUCUACUGCCUUGCGUUGUCAUGACAUUGGUGGUAAACUAUCCUCUAUGGACUACCCAAUCUUUAGACAGACAGGGUUUCCUUUGAUGGGCAGUCGAGGGCUGUCUACUAGUGAAGCUUCAUUCCCACCUGAUCUACUAUCCAGAAAACAAAAUUCAACUUCUGAACGUGAUAUAGGGCUAUUACAGGACCUGAUGAUUCCAGUCACAAAUUUUAACAACGAAGAUAAAGGAUUCAUGAUGUUAGCAGGUGAUGUUUUCGAUAUGCCCAUUAGGAAGGAUAUUAUUCACCGUGUUGUAAGAUGGCAGCUUGCAAAACGACAACAGGGAACUCAUUCAACAAAAACUAUAAGUGAGGUUAGUGGUACGGGGAGAAAGCCAUGGCGCCAAAAGGGUACUGGCCGAGCAAGACAUGGAACAUUACGUGGACCUCAGUUUAGGCAUGGUGCUGUUAUGCAUGGGCCAAAGCCUCGCAGUCAUGCUUUUAAGCUCAACAAGAAGGUCAGGAGGCUAGGGCUUAAGAUUGCGCUAUCUGCUCGUGCAGCCGAAGGGAAGCUUCUGGUGUUUGAUGAUUUAGAACUCCCGACUCACAAAACAAAGAAUAUUGUGAGCUACAUGAAGCAAAUGGAAGAAACCAAAAAGCUUCUGCUGGUGGAUGGGGGUCCCAUAGAUGAAAAGCUAAAGCUUGCUACUUCAAAUCUUCAUUAUGUUAAUGUUCUUCCUUCUAUUGGUUUGAACGUAUACAGCAUCCUUCUGCAUGAUACGUUGGUAAUGUCUCGUGAUGCUGUUAACAAGAUCGUGGAGCGUAUGCAAACUCCCAUUAAUCGAUGAUUCGGUUUCAACUUAAAUGUCGGGAUUAUUUAAAUAAUCUAGGAAGGGAUUAAUUUCAUGUCUUUUGUUGAGCUCAAGAAAUUAUAUCUAUUAGAGUUGGAAGACUAUUUUUCUAAAGAAAGUUGUCGUUGAAGACAUGAUAACCAUCCUUUUACAUUAAAUUUCAUGCUCUGAUUAUAAUUAUAAUCAUGGUCAUGAAUAUGUUUUUUAAUCCAAAAAUUAUAUUGAUUUAGA